UCUGAACGGCAAGCACAAUAAAUGAGUCCUACUUCCAAAUAUUAAUAAUUACUGUUCAUUACUGUUUCCAUACGUGAGAGCGCAGAUUUAUAGUUUGAACACCCUGUUCUGCUUCCACAUCUUCUAUCAUCGGUUUUGGAGUGCACACGGAUUGGUGAAAGUAGCUAAAUCCCCUCCCAGAUUCGGUUUGGCGCUGGAUAAGGUGUAGGACCAUGUAUCAAUUUCCAGUCAGAGGGUUGGAGAAGAUCCGCAGAACAAGAAAAAAAGUGAAAAACAUUCUUGGAGGAUUUGGACUUGAAGAAUGUCUUAAUUAUGCCGAGGAUCUCCAGGAAUUCUACCCAGGAGAUAAAGUUUUUGAUGCCACAGACUGGUGCGAUUUAUCAGAUGGGUUUGAUGGGCGGUGGAUAAAGAAGUGGGAGUAUCGGACACGAGGAUUGUGCUGCAGCUUAUGUGAAUUCUCUGCAAGGUCCUGGCAUACCUACAGAAACCAUGUUCAGCGUUACCAUGAUGAAGAAGAGCGUCUAUGCAAGCUUUCCUCAUGUACUUCCUGCCCGUUUAUUGCCCACCCCAGAGUGGUUUCCAAGCACUGCAAAUUAUUCCACGUUGAGGACCCAAAGUUAGAAUCUGGUGCAGUCCCCCAACUGCCUGCAAGAGCUGUGAGCGGUACCAUUUUUCAGUGUCGAAGAUGUCAUUUACAAGACACUCUCUUGUACAGUGUGAAAAAGCAUGUUCUCCUUUAUCACUACACCUCCACAUUGAACAAAUAUGCUGGGCAGAGAUCCGCGAGGGAACUUGGUGCCCUGGGAGAUAUUUCUCAGAAAUUUUACUGCAAGAAGUGUUAUGUAUCAGCAGAGACAUCUGAACACCUACUGUAUCAUCUUCUAACCUCAGAAAAGCACAAGGAGCUGGAUGUGCAUAUCAGAUCUCUCAUUUUUGAAACUGAAAGUAAGAAACAAUAUCCUGCUCUAGCACCGAAAGCCCACGGCACUUCUGCUGUCAUAAUGAUGAAAGAUCAGCCAGCAGUAACUGGUACACUGGCUGCUGGUGGAAUCAAAAGAGUAGAAAAUGGUGGCUCUGCUAUCAUUUCUGCCUCUGGAACAAGCCACCCAUUUCUUCCCACUCAAGCUUCUGCCCUGGUUCAGCUUGCAAGUGCUGAGGCGAAGGGUUUACUGAGGCCUGGAGUACCGCUGGCUUUUCAGAACACUCACAUUGGGAGACCUGUAUCUGCUGCUCCUCCUGCAGUUCCCCACCAGAUGUCCGUCAGAGUAGGCCUCCCGGGUCAGCCACAGUUGCAAUCUGUAUCCCGCCAAAUUGUCCUACCACCAGGUGUUCGCCUUAAUGUACCUAAUGUUAGGCCACCAGCUCCUCAAUCCUUACUUGUUAAUCCAAAAUUACCACAACCGAGCCCAGGAGGCACCAUGAUGACUUCCCAGUCCCUUCUCAGUCAUUUAAUCCCAACAGGCAACAAAGUCGAUGGCUUACCCACCUACACUUUUGCACCUUUGCAGGUCUUAUCAGUCCAGUCAAAUAACUCCCAAGGACUCAGCAAAGCACAGUUGCCGGUGUCUCAGAACAACCCAGCUACUCAUCAGAACAAGCAAAACAGUACCCUGCCAGUCCCCAAGCAAACCAAGAAAUGGAUCACUUGCCCUAUCUGUAAUGAGCUCUUCCCAUCUGAUAUCUACGAGUCCCAUCCAGCGGUUCACAAAGAAUCAUCUAAUAAGCCCAAGCUCGGCCUGGCUGCCCGUGCUCCUUUCUUAAAAAAAAUGCCAGACAAGACUGUUCAAUGCCUGACUUGCAAGAUCUUGAUAUCGGAAAGGGGCGUUUUUGAACAUCUGCUUCAUGGCAUGCUCUGCUUGUUUUGUACAGGGAUUUUCUACUCCAUCAAGCAGCUUGUUGACCACAUACAGAUGGAACAUAAUCAGACUCAAAAGAGCAACUGUGACUUCAUGCGACGAGAAUACCGACUUUAUACCGAUGAGGCAGGGAAUCUGCUUUUCCCGUAUUUUGACAUUAGGACCACGGCUCCUAAAAUAAUAAUGGGCGAGAAAGAGCUCAAUCUUGCGUUGGUCACCAGCUCCCUCGAUCUGAUCUUUUUGAAGAUGUUGCCCAAUAAUCCUCAGGCUGUUUGCAAGACGCCCAUACCAUCCAAGAUGCCCACACCCAAGCUUGAUAACACAGAGUGCCCCUUCUGCUCCGAUAAGUUUCUGAAUAAGGAAGCCUAUCAAAUGCACCUCAAAGAAAAGCACUUCAUUGUGCCCACUCUGCAUGCAAUACUUAAAACCCCAUCGUACAGAUGCCUCUACUGUGGUGGUGUAUACACUGGGAAGACUACUACUAAGGCUAUUAUUGUCCACUUGGGUAAAUGUCGCAGUGCACCUAAGAGUCUCAAGGUUGCUGAAAAAAUGAGUUCUGGAUUAGCUGUUACUCCCAAAGCGAACAGUGCAUAUGUGUCAUACCCAGCCCAUCCUAAACAGAUCACUGGUCCAACUUCAGUCCAAGCCUCUAUUCCUGCCAUAAAAACACCAGAAACGGAAGCAGAGUUACAGAGCCAGCUACGGCUGGAGAUAGCCUUUCGAGAAGCUAUGGAGGCAAAUAAGAGAGAGAGAGAAGAACGGUUGGCAAGGAAGAGAAAGCUAGAGAAAGAUAGGUUGGCUGGCCUGAUUCCCCCUUCACCUGAAAUAAUCAUCGAUCCCUCUGUGACCUUUGCAAUAGAUCCUACCGGAAUGGAGGUACGCUCCUUUGAAGAACGACGCGAGUUUGUCAACAAGUACUUCAAUACACAGCCUUACCCACUCAAGAAGGAGAUAGUUGCCCUGAGUAGCCGUUUACUGCUUAACAAAACUGAUGUUGCUUGCCAGUUUGGUGGAAAACGUACCAGGUGCAUGAAGAAUAUGCAGAAAACCAAGGCUGUAGUACUGUUAGGCUUCAAAAUGGCAGAGCUGAUGAAAGUCCAGCAUGAUCUUUUUAUCCCAGAGAUAGAGCCGGAGAAGAUGGUCACUGAGACAGAAGCAGAAACGACUGUGGCCGAAGCAGAAACGACUGUGGCCGAAGCAGAAACGACUGUGGCCGAAGCAGAAACGACUGUGGCCGCCGCUGAAACGACUGUGGCCGCCGCUGAAACGACUGUGGCCGCCGCUGAAACGACUGGGGCCGACGCUGAAACAACGGUGGCCGACGCAGAAACAGUGGCCGACGUAGAAAUGGAGCAAGAGUAGCUUCCCAAUUGUAGUAAAGAUAAGUGAGGGACUUACAAUGAAAAUUUGGUCAAGAGCAUAAACAGUAGUGUUCCUUGAAACAAUGCAAAAUAUGUACAAUAGACACUGAAUCUAGUUAACCGUGUAGAAACAUAAGAGUUUGAAUCAAGCAGAAAAUGUGUUUAAGUUCGUCUGCUGUUCAUUAAUGUGUUUGUAAACUUUUAAACACGUUUUUUUUUUUUUUUUUUUCAUAUUAAACCUUUUAAAGGAUACACACAUUACUUUUCAUGCAAGGUUAAUUAACUUAAAAUUAAAAUUAGUUUUUUGUAGCCCUUUCAUAGUUCUAGGGUUUGAAACUUUGAUAUUUGUGCGGUUAUACCUUUCUUGUAUGUCAAUCCUUGAAACCUUUGUAUGACAUUUUUCAUAUAUAUUUGUUGUAACUUAAGCAUUUAUUAAGUUUUCCAUUUUCAUGUAUCUUCCUAUUAAUUACUUCCUUGUAUUGUCAAAUUAAUUUCUAUCCUGCUUGCCUUUAUUCUUAUUUAAAUCUGGUAUUCAAAUUCUUUUUAUUCAGAUUUUGGCCAAAACAUAUUCCUCACUCUACAGUAGUAUGAAUCAAUGAUACAUGCAGUGACAUUCCCGACAAAUAAUGCUUACUGAAGUGUGGAGCCUUGAGAAAGGAUUUGAUUUGUUAUAUUAUAUCUUAACAGUAUCUGUAUUUAGUAGACUAUUAGUUUUGCAUUUUAGUUUCCCAUUUCAAUAUUGAGUAUAAUAAAUGCCAACAUCCAUACUUACACAAUGAAAGAGUGAAUAAAAAAUUGCUGCAUAAUCCGUAUACACGUGAGUGCACUUCAUUUAAUUAGACUUUCAAUGUGUAAUUAAUAAUGGCCCUUCUCAAACAUUGGAAACUUAAAGUGAUAGUUCUUUUUAUUGACUUUCAUUGUAUGGAAAAAGCAUUAACGUUCUCCAUAUUUCCUUGUGUUCCUUGGAAGAAAACAUGAGUUUGGAAGGACAAGAAUGUGAGUACAUUUCAAACUAAUUAAAUUUUUGGGUAAAUCAUCUCUAACUCAUUAAGAGAAAAUAAAAAACAAAUAGCUUUAAAGGAAUGUUUAAUACAAGUUAAGCUCAAUCAACAUCAUUUGUGGCAUAAUGUUGAUUACAACAAAAAUUCAUUUAAUCUCAUGUCUCCUUUAAAAAAAAAUAUAUAAAUCUGUGACAAUGGAAGUGAAUGGCCAAUUUUUAGAGAGUUUAAACAGAAAUGUGAAGCUUAUAAUUU